AUGGAAGGUUUACUUUCGGGUGGUCAACUACAUCAACCGCUGCACAGCGAUUAUGAGCCACCUGCUCGGGCGACUGCUGCUGGCCGAAGAGAUGCGACGCGUCUGCCGGAGACCUCCUUCGUCGACGGACAAGAUCGCGCUGUCUGCGCAAAGGUUGCGCUGCACGUCGCAGGCGCAGGAGACGGCGGUCUGCUGGCGGUUGACUUGUCGUUAUAUUGGCAGCCGAUAUAUGGGUUUGAGACGCCGAGCGCGCUCGCAAAGACGCAGGCGGUGGCCUUGAAGCCCGAGAUCGAGUCGUGGGCUAGCUUGUCGGUGGGCAGGAAGAAGGUCUCGCGGAUCUUGACGGAGGGGCCCUUGUGGUCGAUGGACGCCUGCGCGAGCCUGCCCAGUCACUUCUCGUGGAUGGCGAACUCGACCCCGACAUCGAAUAACCUGUUGAGGAUCUGA